UUUUCACGGUCCCCAAACCUCAAUCCCAUUCCCGUCGGACCGACCGGAUUUGCUCGAAUCUUCUAGAUUUGUUUUCCGUAUCAGUGUAUGGUGUAUCUACAUUCUAUAACUGUAUCACUGAUUGUUUUCUGACUUUUCGUGCUUUAUUUGCAGCUGGUCUGACGGUCGCGUCGGAUGCUUUUUUUUCUCGCGGUCAUCGUUAUUUAUUAUUUUUAUCAUUAAUAUUGACCCCCCUUGGCCUAUUCUUUUUUUAUCGCUGUACCUAACGCCCGUAGAAACCUAACCUGUUUUCGACCCUUUCCGGCGAUCGUCUUCGCGGAUUUCCCAUCCAUUGAUCCAUCGCCGUUUCAAUAAACUUUUCGCGGACGUCCAUAACCAUUUCUUCGUAAAUUGCGACAGGGACGAUCGAUGCUGUGUCCAGACUAAUAUGCCUUUUGGUGAUCGCCGGGAUCGUAACAAAUCAAAGUUGAGCGAUCGCAUUCGUGGCAAGUCCACGGACGAAAUACUGGAAGAGAUCAACCGAGAGUUCGGCAACACCGGUGGAAAUAGCAUGUUUUUCGACAAAUCUGACUCCAGGACUUCUCCUCAAAGGUGAGUAACAAAUAUUUUGCUGUUUUGGAUGUUAUGGAAGCGGCCAAAAUUAAUCCUGUCAUUUAUCCUUUAUCACCCUCUCAUAGUUCCACAUUGGAAGAAUUUCCGUUUGAUGAUGACAUGCUAAGAGGUCAUUCGAGUGUUCGUUCACAUUUAGAAGAUUUAGCCAAAAGACAUCCAGAUCUUGCCGGUCAUUUGCGUUGUCCACCUUGGGGAGGUGAACCUAGCUCUAAGAGUUGGAGCCGUAAACGCACUGUGUCUGGAGAAGAUAACGCACCUGAGGGACCAUCAGAUCUCAAUCACAAUUACAGCGACCAUACUGAUUCUAGUCCUGAUAAAAAACGAUUUGAAGAAAACAUGGAUAAGCAACACCAGCAUCCGUUUGAAAAUAAUUCAAGAUCUCAGGAAAAUGAUGAUAAACCUCAAAGAUUUGUAUCUAAAUUAGAAUUUACACCAGUAAAUCCUAUUAAUAAUCAGUCUGAAAAUAUUCAACCCCAAACACAACCUCAAACUGAUUCAUCUACACCAUCUCACGGAACUCAAAAACAACCUAAUGUGCGACACAUUCCGAUUUAUGUGGAAGGCCGUUCUGAACCAGUGUAUCCAAAAAAUGUUGAUCAAAGAUUUAAUGAUAAUAACAGUUCAACUUUGCCAAAACGAUCUGCUAGUAAACAAACUCCAUUUGCACAACAUCAUUCCUUUCAUGACCAAAAUACUGCACAACGCCGUCAAACCCCACCUUCCCAACAUCGUCAGCAAACUCCUCCACAAGAAACCAAAUCUACUCCUCCACCCACUCCGCGCCAACAAGUAAAACCAGUAGACGCUUUGGAAAAAGUGCAAAUCGUUCAAGCUGAUGUAGAAGAAUUGGCAGUAGCUGUUAAUCAAUUUUCGGGUUCCUCUCGUCUUGAUAAGCAAUAUAUUUAUUUGGAUGAGAUGCUUACAAGAAAUUUGAUUAAGCUAGAUACCAUUGAAACUGAAGGAAGAGACGAUGUACGUAUGGCUAGAAAAAAAGCAAUUAAAACUAUCCAGGAUACAAUUUCUGUUUUAGAAAUUAAAGCUCCUCAACCCCAAGAAGAAUUGACAGUUGAAGAAUUGUCUGGGAAUUCAACUGAAACUGCCCAAGUUGAAAAUGAGACUUCAGACACUCAAAAAGUAGAGAGCAAUAAUUAAAAUUUUAAAAUAAUGUCUUAACCAUACAGUGCAGUUUGAUACAAAUUAUGGUUUAUUAUUAUAAUUUAUGUUUUUUGUGUUUAACAAAAUAUUCUACAACUAUUGUUCCAAUAUUUCAUUUACAUUUAAGAUUAUCUUUUGUCUGUCGAUAAAUUUUUUUUCAACUUUUGUAGUUUUCAUUAGUUUAAGCAUUCUAUCAUAAUAAUAGUUCAGUGUGAAGACUGGUUACACUGAAAAUGAAUGUGCUUAUAUAUUCAAAUUGUCUUAAAGAUUAUAUUAUUUAGUUUGAGAAAUCAUAUUUUUAAAAUUACACUUUAAGCAAGUUUUUAUUUGUUUAUCUUAAAAACUAUCUAAAUAACAAUAAAAGAUUGUAAAAAAAUAUUUUGUCUUAUAUGUAUUUUUUAAGAUUGUAAUGUGAUCUAUAUAUAUAUAAUAUGUGUGUGAGUGUGUGUGAAAUAUGUCAUACAGUGUCAAAUGAUUUAUUUUAAACCAUGGAAAAUUUUUUUUACUAACCAACAUAAUGUGAUAGAACGUAAUCAAACACAGACUUGAUUAGUUAUCAAUCAUUUGUUAAGGAUUUUAAAUAUUGUUAAAACCUAUGAUUUUUAUUUUAUAGAUUACACAUUUUGCUAAAGCUAAAUCUUUUAAACAUCUCCGUUUUAUAUUUUAUAUAAAUAAUAUAUUAGAUUAUUACUAUUAUAUAAGUCAUGUAUAUAACAAUUUAAUAACACUUUUGAUGUUAAUAUUAAAAUCAAUAAUCAUAAUGUAAUUGUUAAAUAAAUUCAAAAAUUGAAUUACAUUUUUAUUUUAUCACUCAAUUAAACUGUUAAUGCUAUAAAGGUAUAUCAUAAACAAUUUUUUUAAUAGGUACUUUUAUUCUCUCAAGUCACAAUGACGUUUUGAGUUUGAAUAAGAUAUUUUUCACACAAUACAGUUAUGCAGAAAUACAGUUUAAUAUUAUAAUAUUAUGUUAAAAUAUUUUGUAAAACAUUUAUCAUUUGUUUCACUCAUAACCGCGGUGUGUUCAUACAUUUUAUUUUUAAUUUGAUUAAUUUCUUUAUUUAGCUAUUGACCAUUAUGGUUUAAUAUAUUAAUUACUAAAAUAGUAAUAAAAUAAAUUAUAUGACUCGC